UGAAACCUGUUAGCCCGGAGGAGCUGCCUGGAAGGCAACUGCCUCCGCACGGAAUGAGGAGGCUGAGUUGUUGGACUGACGACGCUGGGAACCUGACCUUGGACACCAGUAGAUUCUGCCAAGUCCUGGGGCCAUGGAAGGCCCCUUUGCUGACAGCCAGCAGGCCUGCCCUGACCACACCCUGCCUUUGUUUCCAGUGCCUUCCUCACGGCACUGUGCCCGGAUGUUGGGUGAUCUCAGAUGAGGACCCCUGGCCCGGAGGUUGGCUCAGAGUAGGCCCAAAUAAAUGACAGCUGUUCUGAUUCCUAUUGGGUGUGCGGUGUGCCUCGAGCACAGCCAAUGACACCUGUUAGUAGGUACUUGAAGGGCUCAGCAGGGUACCAGUGAGAUGCUCGUCCAUCAGCACGUGUUAAUACAACUGUCGUGACAGUAGAGGAACUGAGUGCAGUGCAGGUGUAAACACCUGGGGGCUGUUUUGGUUUUGGUUUUGGUUUUUCUGCGUUUGGCUGGGCUGUCUCCCCACUCUACUCAGAAUACUUUUCCCCUCAUUUCUCUCUUCACAAGGCCACCUGCUUGCUAAUGCGCUCAGAGCACAGACAAACAUUUUGCUGCUGAUCCUGACAUCCAAAACGUCUUGUCUGACACCCGCCUACGCCACCUUUCUCAAAGUGGGGUCCCCCAAUCCACCUGUGUCAGAAUCACGGUAAUGUUUGUUACCCGUGCAGAUUUUUAGAUCCCCCAGCUAGAUCUACCGAAUCUCGGUCUCAGAGUUUGGGGCCUGGAGAUCUGCAUUUUAAAAGGCUCCAGGGGUGGGGUGGCAGCGAUGGCGGUGGUGGGGACUCUAACAUGUCCCAAAGCUCCCAAGCCGCAGUCCUGCGGGCGCUCAGGAGGCUCCUGGCCCCAACAAGAAAGUCCUGAUUCAUGCUCAGCCCUGCCCCCGUUGGCCCUUCUAUCAGGCAAUUCAAAGUCUCCAGGCCCACGAGUUACUGAUUAACCCUAGGUUUUAAGAAAAGAAAUAAUAAUAACUGAAGGGACAACGUAAGCCCAGAAACCAGCUGAGCAGCCUUGGGAGAGUGGUGCCAGACAGCUGUUGUCACCAGGCACCUGACGAGAAGGAAAAAGAGGCUUCAGAUGCCCAGCCUAAGGUCAGACUGCAUCUAGGUCACAGCGGCACCAGCUGCCACUCCUCGUCGAUGCCCAGGCCCUGAGCGGCCGCCUCCCUCUGGCUCCUGUGCCCAGAAUGGCCUGCACUGAGGUCCCGCAGCAGCCAGCCCCGCAGCAGCCCCAGCCCAUCUCCACAGAAGCCACCACCACCAACGCCACAGGCUCUGCUGGGGGUCAUCGUGGUUCCUGGGACAGCGACCUGGAGUGCCUGGUGUGCCGGGAGCCCUAUAGCUGUGUCCGGCUGCCCAAGCUACUGGGCUGCCAGCACUCCUUCUGCGCCAUCUGCCUGAAGCUCCUGCUGUGCGUGCAGGAUGACACCUGGUCCAUCACCUGCCCACUGUGCCGCAAGGCCACCGCUGUCCCCGGGGGCCUCAUCUGCAGCCUGCGUAACCAGGAGGCCGUGAUGGGGCUGCUGGACCGGCCAUGCCCGGAGGUGCGGCUCUGUCCUCAGGGGCUGGUGGAUCCUGCCACCUUGGCAGCAGGGCACCUCAGCUUGGCGGGGGAGGAUGGGCAGGACGUGGCAAAUGCCAAUCGCGUGGCGGCCCGGCGCCUGGCAGCACAGCUGCUCCUACUGGUCUUGCUCAUCACCCUCAUCCUGCCCUUUAUCUACCCGGGCAUCACCAAGUGGGUGUUCAUCUCCAUCAUCAUCCUGGCCUUCCUGAUGCUCACCCUCUUCUGCUGUCACUCCAGCAGCCAGGCCAGCUAUUGGCCCUCGUCCAGGACCCUCUUCUGCACAGGGCAGAAGCACGGUGAGAUCGCUUACAUUGCCUGAGUGCCCUCUGACCAGGCAGUCCCUGGAACGCCUUCCGCCUCUGCGGCCCCAUUACUCUCACAGUGAACAGGGUAAGCGACUCUGCGCUAAGACUGGCUCCCUCGGGAGAUUAAAUGCCAGCCGGACUCGCAAGCCAAAGCCAGAACGGCUGUCUUGGGUCAAGAACUGUGUGCUUGGAUGAUAGGCCUGUGCCUGUCCAGGGUAUAGCACAGCUAAACUAUUUGGGGUGGGAGAGGAGGCCCAAAUGACUUGAAGGCUACAAGGGGGCCUCCUGUUCCUCUUAGCCCAUUGGUCCUGGUUUUUCUUUACAUACCUUGAUGAAAGUAUUGCAAUGUUGAUGUUCUCGCAGAACAAAUAGAACCGGAACUCCUUUUUUGCAAUUUA